CAUUCAGAACCAGCGGCGGGAAAGCGAGUGAACCGGGAAGGAAAAAAACAGGUUUAGGUGUAUACAACCAGCCGAAAGAAAAUGUUUGUGAGAAACAACGGACUACAACACAAACAAUGAGGCUGAGCUAUGGACUGAGUUUCUGGUCAACAAAAGGGCAAUGGGUCACGAAUCUCAGCCAGCCUUGCUUGCGUGGAUCCAGUGGGUUAUUUGUGCCACCAAGUCCUCCUUUGAAUCCUGAGAAAGUCAAAGAGUUUCAGCGCUUCAUCACACUUUCCAAGAAACUCUUAGUGAUGACUGGGGCGGGAAUCUCCACCGAGUCGGGGAUCCCCGACUACAGGUCCGAAAAUGUGGGACUUUAUGCACGCACCACCCGGAGACCCAUCCAGCACAGCGAUUUCGUUCGUAAUGCCGCGAUCCGCCAGCGGUACUGGGCGCGGAACUUCGUGGGCUGGCCUCAGUUCUCCUCACACCAGCCCAACCCCGCGCAUUGGGCUCUGAGCACCUGGGAGAGACUCGGGAAGCUGCACUGGCUGGUGACACAGAACGUGGACGCUCUGCACACCAAAGCCGGGAGUCAGCGGCUGACGGAGCUCCAUGGAUGCAUGCACAGGGUGCUCUGCUUGGACUGCGGCGCACAGACCCCACGGGGGGCGCUGCAGGAGCGCUUCCAAGACCUGAACCCCCACUGGGGCGCCGAAGCUCAGGGCCUGGCUCCCGAUGGUGACGUCUUUCUCUCAGACGAACAGGUACAGAGUUUUCAGGUCCCGUCCUGCCUUAGAUGUGGAGGCCCUCUCAAACCAGACGUUGUCUUCUUUGGGGACACGGUGGACCCUGCCAAAGUGGAUUUUGUGCACAGUCGCGUGAAAGAAGCUGACGCCCUAUUGGUGGUGGGAUCGUCCUUGCAGGUGUACUCUGGUUACAGGUUCACACUUACUGCCCAGGAUAAAAAGAUACCCAUCGCCAUCCUGAACAUUGGGCCCACACGCUCGGACCACCUGGCGUGUCUGAAGCUGAAUUCUCGCUGUGGAGAGCUGCUGCCUUUAAUAGACCCACAAUGACCACAGCCUGCCCAUCCUAGGCCAGAACAGGGACCUUACUUCCAAUCCUGCUGUUGAAGAUCCCUGAGGCCUCCUGCCUUUUUUCCUCAAACUAGUGGAAGCUCCUCGACUGCAUCCAACAGGGGGCAGCAAACCGCUCUGCCUGCCUGCAAAUCGUCAAGCUAGGCCUAUAUUGUAAAGACAAGGAAUGAGCGUCAGACCAGUAAGAUUUACCCCGAAAGACUUUCCUCAAAGAAACAGCUGCUCCUGACAGGAAAAUUGUAUUCAUUUUCUUCUUCUGUCACUUUCCACAAUACUCUUGGGAAAAUGUAGGGCACAACACGGUUGGGAGUGCUCGCCUAAGGAGCCACUCUAACUGUGCAAAUGUAGAAGGAAAUGACUUAAUUUAUAACUCUAAAUGGUUGUGUUUAACUGAACCACUUUUUAAAAAUAAAUGUGAAUGAAUGUUUUAUUAUCCAAAUGUUAAGGUAUUUUAGUAGCAUACCAGUUGUGUGGGGUGCACAUUUAUUUUCUUUUCAAAUUUUAAAGAGAAAAAAAUAAUAAAAAUUUCAAAACAAGGUAA